AUGUCGGCUCCUGUCUCCGAGAGAGAUCUCUUCGAGAGAGAACCGUGCCCAGGCCGCAUCAUUGAUGAUGCAGGCAGCGCUUUCGCCAUGGGUGCUGUCGGUGGUUCUGCCUAUUACUUUCUCAAGGGCCUUCAUAACUCGCCCAAUGGUGCGCGAAUUGCUGGCGGCAUGCAGGCCGCUCGCAUGAACGCCCCUCGACUCGGCGGGAGCUUUGCUGUGUGGGGCACCCUCUUUUCCACCUUCCACUGCACCUCAGCCUACGUGCGCCGGAAGGAGGACCCCUGGAACUCCAUCAUAGGUGGCGCCGCCACUGGAGGGUUUCUCUCCAUGCGGCAGGGCGUCAAAGCUUCUUGCCGCUCGGCACUUGUGGGCGGCUUUUUCCUCGCCCUCAUAGAGGGCGCCGGCCUCAUGGCCAACUGUUUCGCACCGCAGAUGCUCCCGUCGCCCCCUGCCGAUGAUCCCAACAUGGCCGCCGCCAUCUCGAUGGGAGGAGGAGGUGGCUUCCCAGGCCUGCCUCAGCCUGUCGUGUCCCCUGCAGAGGUCGUGAGCUCAAGCAGUGGGGGUAGCUGGUUUGACGGCCUCUUCGGCAAGAAGGAGGAGAAGAAGCCCAGCGGCAGUGCUGGCAUGUCGGAGAUAUUAGAGAGCUUCGAGGCGCCCAGCCCUCCGAUACCAUCGUUUGAGUACAAGUGA